AUGCCUAAACUGGGUUUUAUAUUUACUCCGGUUCAAGAAUCUCACGUCCAAGCUUCGGUCAUUUGUUCCAAGAAACUCGGUAUUAAUCUUCCGGUUAGAAGCGGCGGCCACGAUUACCAAGGCUUGUCUUAUGUUUCACAGAUCGAAAAACCGUUUAUAUUGAUUGAUCUGUCGAGACUGAGACAGGUCAAUGUUGAUAUUAAAGACAAUAGUGCUUGGGUUCAAGCUGGUGCUACAACGGAAUCGCAGAGCAAGAUCCAUGGAUUCCUGGCCGGUUUGUGCUCGACCUUAGGCAUAGGUGGGCAUAUAACAGGCGGUGCAUAA